ACAUCCCAAAGAUCCAAUACAAUACACCAUCGACAUCUAAAGUAGUCACCAAAUAAUCUGCCAGUCAUGCUCAAGCAAUUCUGGCCGACGACGCCAUCUUCGAAUAAUAAUGUAGCCUUGCCGGGUUCGGGACCUGCAGACCAGACGACACCAAGGGCGAUCAACCACUCCAACCCUUUCGAGCAGCAACAGCAGGCGCCGUUUUCGCCAUCAUCUUCGUCAAACUACCAGCAACAGUCAUCAGCCAUGUCUCCCCGCUUAGACAAUCUCUCCCUCCAGUCCCAAUCCCCUUCGUCGGGUGCUCGAACACCUACCUCUCACUCUCAUCCGGACUUGCACCUCAACCUCCCGCCCACCUCUCUCUCCUCGCUGGAUCUCCGUCAUACAGGGCCGAUGACCCCUCCAGCUCAUGUCGGAGCUUCGAGACCGACAACCGGGAUUACGAUUGGAGAUACGAUGGGCGGGACGUCAGGGAUCGGAUUCGGGUUGAAAGAGCCACCAAAGAUGAGGAGGGCGAUGACAGGUGGUACUGGGAGCGUAAGCGGCGGAGGCGUGGGCGGCGGUGUCAAGAGCGGAUUGAGCGUGUCCAGCAGCGCCGGAGAUGAAUGGGGAGAAGACCAGGGCCAGACUCAACAAGGAUCUCAGGGGCAAGACACACCGGCUUCGGCGACCAACACCAACGAUCGAGCUCGGGCGAUUCGGGGUACCUUGACGGUCAAGCUCAUCUCCGCCCGUAACCUCGCUGUCGGCUCUGGAGACGCCGCGAUAGGUUCAAACGGACAGGGGAAACCCGAACCUUACGUCGUAGCGCAAUUCGAGCAGAACGAGUUCGUCUCCCGCCCCGCCCUUGUCGGGGACGCCGCCGUCCAGGAAUCGAACCAGCAGCAACAGCAGGCUUCCUCGGGUGUCAGUACGGCUGCAGGCAAGACGAUUCCUCGGACCAACUCGUACGGUCCUUCUUUGGGGAUAGCUUCCAUAUCGCGGGCGUUUGCCGAUGCCGCUCGACGGACCAAGGGGUCCAGCGCAGCUGGUGGAAAGAACGGUGCUAGCGGGCAGAAUACGGGUGGUCUAACUAGCGGACAGACGACGCCUAGGGCUGGCGGACCAGGUGCAGGUGCUGGACCGGCCAGUCCGGGGUUGGGAGGGUCGUUCUUUGGCAAAGUUGGGGGAUCGACGGCCGACCCUGUUUGGAAGGAAGACGUCUCGUUCGACGUUACCUCACCGAACUCGGUACUGACAAUUUCGCUCUACGACCGAAGCAAGGCGGGAGAAGGUUUCUUGGGUGUCAAGGAGAUCAAGCCUGUCCUCAAGGAUGGGGUGACGGUAGACAACUGGUUUUCGCUCUCGCCCAGGGGAGAGGAACAUGUCACCGGUGAGAUCUGGUUGCAGAUCAGCUAUGACGCGCUCAAGAGCAAGAUCCACCUCUCACCCAAGGACUUUGAGAUCCUCAAGCUUAUCGGACGCGGCACGUUCGGAAAGGUUUUCCAGGUCAGGAAACGUAACACGAAGCGGAUCUACGCGAUGAAGAUGCUGUCCAAGAAGGAUAUCGUCGCGAAAAAGGAGAUCGCGCAUACCAUCGGUGAACGCAAGAUCUUGCAACAGUCCUUGGACUCGCCCUUCCUCGUCGGACUUAAAUUUAGCUUCCAGACGGAAGAUUAUUUGUUCUUCGUCACGGAUUAUAAGAGCGGAGGAGAGUUGUUCUGGCACUUGCAAAAGGAAGGCAGAUUUACCGAGCCUAGGGCCAGGUUUUAUAUCGCCGAGCUCGUCCUUGCGCUUGAGCACUUGCAUAAGUAUGACAUCGUGUACCGUGACUUGAAACCGGAAAAUAUCUUGUUGGACGCUACUGGCCACGUCGCGCUAUGCGACUUUGGUCUCUCGAAGCCAGACCUCGGAAGCGGCCAGUUGACCAACACGUUCUGCGGGACGACCGAGUACCUUGCCCCAGAGGUCUUGCUCGACGACCACGGCUAUUCGAAGCUCGUCGACUUUUGGUCACUCGGAGUUCUGCUCUUCGAGAUGUGUUGUGGAUGGAGUCCAUUCUACGCCGAAGAUGUGCAGCAGAUGUACAAGAAUAUCUGUUUCGGCAAGAUUAGGUUCCCUAGGGGCGUCAUCGGCGACGAUGGCAAGCAGUUUGUCAAGGGGCUCCUCAACCGAAACCCCAAGCAUCGUCUCGGUGCAGAACGCGACGCUGCCGAGCUCAAGGAGCACCCCUUUUUCAAGUCGAUCGACUGGCGACUCCUCGCUGCCAAGCAGAUAACGCCUCCCUUCAAACCGAUGGUCGAGAGCGACGAAUCAGUGUCCAACUUUGACCCGCUGUUCACGUCGUCUGACCUCCGGGACGUACCGUUCGAUUGGAGCGCCUCGGACGACACCUUGAUGAGCGGGAGCGUGGGGCACUCGUACAACGGACCUGGAGGCGGGAUCUCAGUCGACAGGACCGGGAAACCGUCCUCGCAGGCGAGCGGGAUGAACAUCAAGCCCACUCGACCUGGUCUUGUCCCCACUGGAAGUCCCCUGACGAGCAGCGUACAGGCCAACUUCCGAGGCUUUACCUAUACCGGCGAAUCCAUGGCCCCCAUUUCCAACCUCGCACAUGGUUUCGACGAUAGCGACGAGGGCGAGGGCGACGAAGAUGCUAUCGACGAGGAGGACGAUUUCGAACCCCAGGACGAACACGGCGACCUCGUUCGGAGAACGAGCGAUGUUCACAUGGAUUGAUCAUGCUUGCUUGCUUGCACCCUACCUACCUGCAUGCUUGUCGACCUUGUUGUAAUAUAUACCUAGUUUCCGAAACAUAACAAAGUAUAAUCAAAGCGA